GGCAGCUGUGAAGGGUGAGUAGUGGUGAAUGAAGUGGAAAAACGGCGAUGAUGAUGCAGUGGUGCGGCGCAGCGGCGAGGCGGGUGCUGAUGGCGGAGCAGCGCGCCCGUUUCACGACCUCCUCCUCCUCCGUGGAGGCAUCAGCAGCAAUUGCAAAAGCGAAUGUGCUCGGGGCGCCGAUGCUGUGCGGGCGAGGAGACAAGAAGACGAAGAAAGGGAAGCGAUUCAAAGGGUCGUUCGGAAACGCUCGGCCGAAGAAGGAGAAGAUGAUCGAGCGCAUCAAGGACAAGGUUGAGGUGCCCAGGUCCACCCCUUGGCCUCUCCCUUUCAAGCUCAUCUGAAUUUUUCAAAUUUUCACUCUCUUUUUUCUUAGGAUUUUAGCUCCAUAUAUUUAAUGUCGAACUCCCUAAUUUUUUAGGGUUUUAAGUGUAGUGUACAAUUUUUUUUUUAAUGUCAAUUCAUAUUUCGGCUA